CAAUUGGCAAUACAACGUUCUUUAUCUCCAGAAAAAUAUAGCUUAAUCACAUCAGUUAAUCACCUCAAACAUUUUGUCUUUCUAGAUGGCUUAUUUGCGUCAUUAAAGGUAGCAUUUCGAAUUCGAAUGAAGGUUGCGAAGUGAAUGAGAAAACAGGGACGUUUCCUUUUUGAAUCUUUUCUGUCCUACCGAAUGGCUCGCGAUCCAGUCCAGGUUUUGCUGCAGACUCUGCCUCUGAAUUUCGGCUGUGCAAUGUGUAGCACGUUUCUCUCUCUCCCCUCCUUUCUCCUUCCCUCUUGCCUCCAGUGUCAGUCUCCAGGAUUUUCUCUCUUCCUAUUUCAGGGGGACUCUCACAGGCUCCCUCAGUCUGUGUGAAGCUGAGGUUUCCCCCUGGAUCCCGCACAUUCCCAACACAUACCUCCACGCACACACCUCCCCAAGAACCCCGCGCUCACACCCACAAAAGCGCGCACACACUCGCGCCAGCCAGUCCAUCUCCCUCCCGGGGGAGCCGCGCGGUCCCACCUUCGUCGCACACUCAGACUAGGCGAGCUCCCAGCGCUCCAGACUCUGCGGCUCGGAACUCGGACCGCAGCUCCGAACCCCCACAACGGUGGUAUUUAUUUAUUUUUUAUUUUUUACAAAAGACAUUUUUUUUGCCUUCUUUUUUCUCAGCUUUAUCGCACCCGAGCGGCUUGCGGAGCCUAGGCUGUUGCUUUUCCCAAGCCAGCCCUGGUUGGCUUGCCAUCCUCCAUCUGGCUUAUAAAAGUUUGCUGAGCGCAGUCCAGAGGGCUGUGCUGCUCGUCCCCUAGGUUGGCGGAAGGGGGUGACGCUGGGCAGAGGCAAGGAGCGCGCCGCAGGCUGUGGCGGGCUUUCGGCUGGAGGGGCAAGGUGAAGAGCGCACGGGGAUCUGGGGUCUACCGAGCUGGACUUGCAUGUUGCACCAUGCCUUCUUGGAUCCGGGCUGUGAUUCUUCCCCUCUCGUGGCUGCUGCUGUCCCUGCGGGCCGCGGCGGAUGUGAAGGCUCGGAGCUGUGGUGAGGUCCGCCAGGCUUACGGUGCCAAGGGAUUCAGCCUGGUGGACAUCCCUUACCAGGAGAUCGCAGGGGAGCACUUACGAAUCUGUCCUCAGGAAUAUACGUGCUGCACCACAGAAAUGGAAGACAAGUUAAGCCAACAAAGCAAACUGGAGUUUGAAAACCUUGUAGAAGAGACAAGCCAUUUUGUGCGCACCACGUUUGUGUCAAGGCACAAGAAAUUUGAUGAAUUUUUCCGGGAGCUCCUGGAGAAUGCAGAGAAGUCCCUAAAUGACAUGUUUGUCCGGACCUAUGGGAUGCUGUACAUGCAGAAUUCAGAGGUGUUUCAGGACCUCUUCACUGAGCUGAAGAGAUACUACACCGGGGGCAACGUCAACCUGGAGGAGAUGCUCAAUGACUUCUGGGCUCGGCUUCUGGAACGGAUGUUCCAGCUGAUAAAUCCCCAGUAUCACUUUAGCGAGGACUACCUGGAAUGCGUGAGCAAGUACACAGACCAGCUGAAGCCCUUUGGAGAUGUCCCCCGGAAACUGAAGAUUCAGGUCACCCGCGCCUUCAUUGCUGCCCGCACCUUUGUCCAGGGGCUCACGGUGGGCCGAGAAGUUGCCAACCGAGUUUCCAAGGUCAGCCCCACCCCAGGGUGCAUCCGGGCUCUCAUGAAGAUGCUGUACUGCCCAUACUGCCGAGGCCUGCCCACCGUGAGGCCCUGCAACAACUACUGCCUCAACGUCAUGAAGGGCUGCUUGGCCAACCAGGCCGAUCUGGACACUGAGUGGAACCUGUUCAUAGAUGCAAUGCUCCUGGUGGCAGAGCGACUGGAAGGGCCGUUCAACAUUGAGUCAGUCAUGGACCCCAUAGAUGUCAAAAUUUCUGAAGCCAUUAUGAACAUGCAAGAAAACAGCAUGCAGGUGUCUGCAAAGGUCUUUCAGGGAUGUGGCCAGCCCAAACCAGCUCCAGCCCUCAGAUCUGCUCGCUCAGCUCCCGAAAACUUUAACACACGGUUUAGGCCCUACAAUCCCGAGGAAAGACCCACAACCGCUGCAGGCACAAGCUUGGACCGGCUGGUCACAGACAUAAAAGAGAAACUGAAGCUUUCUAAAAAGGUCUGGUCCACGUUGCCCUACACUAUCUGCAAGGAUGAAAGCGUGACAGCAGGCACAUCCAACGAGGAGGAGUGCUGGAAUGGACACAGCAAAGCCAGAUACUUGCCUGAGAUCAUGAACGAUGGGCUGACCAACCAGAUCAACAAUCCUGAGGUGGAGGUGGACAUCACCCGGCCAGACACUUUCAUCAGACAGCAGAUAAUGGCCCUCCGGGUGAUGACCAACAAGCUAAAGAAUGCAUACAAUGGCAAUGACGUCAACUUCCAGGACACAAGUGAUGAAUCAAGCGGCUCAGGGAGUGGCAGUGGGUGCAUGGAUGACGUGUGUCCCACGGAGUUCGAAUUCGUUACCACCGAGGCCCCUGCUGCCGACCCGGACAGAAGAGAAGAGGACUCUGCUGCAGCGCAGCUGGGCCACUCGCUGCUCUCCUGGUGUCUGGUCUGCGUGGUCUUGGCACUGCAGAGACUCUGCAGAUAAUCCUGGGCUUUGGUCAAAGGAAACUGCAUUUUAGCUAUUCGAGUGGCCAACCCCAUUCUUUUCUUACACUCUUGGACAGUGGACCAUGCCACAAGAACUCACCAUUUUCUAUGAGAAGAGAGCAGUGUUGCGAUCUGCCUCCUUUUUGUUUUCCCAAAGAGUAUCGGGUGCCAGACGGACUGCCUCCUCUUUCCUUCAGCGAUCUGUGGGGACUUUGUUUAUUCUAGAGAGAAUUCUUACUCAAAUCUUUCUUACCAGGAGAUUUUCUUACCUUCAUUUGCUUUUAUGCUGCAAAAGUAAAGGAAUCUCACGUUGUGAGGUUUUGGGGGUUUUUGUUUUUUGUUUUUUUUUUUUUUUUUUAAUUCUU